ACUGCUACUUAAACAGACUGGCUGACCAAACCAAAUACUGGUCUAUGAAUUAAGUCUUAGCUCAUGCAACUGCACGCACCCCAAGAUUCUCAGACCACUUAUAGAAUUGCCCGCUACUCUGUCUCUGUCUCACACUCUCUUUUUGAGUGAGAACUCAUUUUCCCAGGUUCACUGCAUUUCUUUCUUUAAUGGAGUCACUUUGCCUCUCUUGAUGGUAAUCUUGCCGGAAUUUGGCUAUUUCUGAUCAAAGUCACCUGAAUUUAGUUUUCUUUCAAAUACCCAGAAAUUCUUUUCAGUUUUCUGAACAACAAUGAAGAGAAAGCGCUUACAUGAAUCCAAGCAUCCAUUGAACCCGCACCCUUUUGAGGCCUUACAUGGCGGCUCAUGGCAGAGUGUGGAUCGUAUAGAGAUUAGAAAUGGAUCUAUGACCAUUCAUUUUGCAAAUAUUAAUCAUGUGAUUGAGGAGAAGGGACCAAUCUCGAACAUCCGCGUAAAGUCAAGGCAAGCAACGACAUCUGAUUGUACCUGCGUUCUGAGGCCUGGCAUUGAUGUUUGUGUUCUUUCAUCAACUGAAAAUGCUGAAAAUUCAGAGGUGUGGUCUGAUGCUAGAAUAAAUUCUAUAGAGAGGAAGCCUCAUGAAUCUCAAUGCGAAUGCCAGUUUUUUGUCAAGCGCUAUGUUAACCAAGGUCCUCUUGGAUCAGAGAAAGGAACUCUUAGCAAAGAUAUUGAAAAAGUAGGAAUAGACCAAAUUUGCAUACUUCAAAGGGUUGACAAAAUUCCUUGUGAAGGUCAGUUCUACCGUUGGGAUUUCUCAGAAGACUGUUCUUGUGUACAAAGAACUAAAUUGUUUAUAGGAAAGUUUUGCUCUGACCUUGCAUGGCUAAUUGUGGCGUCUGUUCUGAAACAACUAUCAUUUGAUGUGAGAUCAGUUCAAAAUAAAAUUGUGUAUCAAAUUUUGGAUUGUGAUGAUGGAUGCUCAAUAAAACCUAAUCGUUUGAAUUCUGUAAAUUUCAAAGUUGACAAUAAUAUUUUAACACCAGUUGUGCAUCAAUUCACUCCUGAUAAUAUUGAUGCUAGUGAGGCUGGUCCUGCUUCUGAUGUGCAUAAGGUUGAUAAAGAUGAACUAUCUCCAGUUUAUAAUGUUAACAACUUGCGGCGGUCUAAACGUCGAAAUGUCCAACCCGACCGCUUCCUUGGCUGUGAUGUUCGUCCGGAGGAAGAUGUUGGUUGGGUUCGAACCAUGCCUUAUAAGCCAGACAAAUGGAAGGAAGAUGAAAUGUCCUUACCGCUGUCAUUACUGUUUGGCCCAAUUACAAAUUCUUCCACAGAGCAAACUGAGGGAGAAAUGGGAGUACUAUCUUCUGGAUUAGAACCUAUUGAAAACCUCCCUCUUUCCAAGUUCAAGACUAAACCAAGAAAGGUAAAAUCCGUUGUGGUUAACCAAAAAGAAAAUGAAAAUGAACUGGCAAUUGUUCCUGUGCCCACUGAGAGUGAUCUGGUAGCCUUUGAAGAGGCCAAUUCCAAUGAGAAGACUCCUGCAUAUCACUCACGAGAGACCAGUGAUAUCUCAUUUGGUUAUUAUGGUACAAAAAGUUCUCCAGCUAUUCGAAAGAAAAAUUCUUCUGAAUUUGAUGAUAUAGUAUUUGAGAGUAAAUGGAAAGGAAGAGCACCUAUUAGAAAUGUUCAAACUGGGAGGCACCGUCCUUUGCAUUCAAAGAGGGAUGAUCAUGGUGAGCCACUGACAUAUAAGAGGACAACUUUAAGUGCAGGUGCAUAUAAUAAGCUCAUAAAAUCUUAUAUGAAGAACAUUGAUUCAACAAUGAUGUCAAAUGAGGAGCCACAUAUCGUUGACCAGUGGGAACAAUUUAAAGCGAAAACUUGCACAGGCCAAAGUGAGAAAAUGGAACCACCAGCAACUGAGGAUGAUGGAGAAACCUCUGAAACUGAAAUGUUGUGGAGAGAAAUGGAACUAUCUUUGGCAUCGGCUUACCUUCUUGAAGAAAAUGAGGUUCGAGUUUCCAAUGAGACUAUGCAAAACUCAACUGAGAAUUGCCGGCACGCAUUCAAAAUGGAUGAAGAAAUUGGGAUUUUAUGCUGCAUAUGUGGCUUUGUUAGCACUGAAGUAAAAUAUGUUACGGCACCAUUUAUGGAAUAUGUAGGCUGGACUGCAGAAAAUAGGCCAUGGAAUGUAGAAGAUUCUGAUGGUAAGCCAGGUGAAGAAGAUGGCUUAAAUUUUUUUAGAAAUUAUGUUUCAAGUGAAGAGAUGUCUUUAUCAGAAGAAAAUGAUAACGUGUGGGCCUUAAUACCUGAGCUGAGAAAGAAACUGCACUUGCAUCAGAAAAAAGCUUUUGAGUUCUUGUGGAAAAAUGUUGCUGGCUCUCUAACUCCAGCUAAUAUGGAGAAAUCAUCCAAGAAGAUAGGUGGCUGUGUUGUCUCUCAUACUCCUGGAGCUGGAAAAACUUUUCUCAUUAUUGCUUUUCUUGUUAGCUACCUGAAGUUGUUUCCUGGAAAACGGCCUUUGGUCCUUGCCCCAAAAACAACACUCUAUACCUGGUACAAGGAAUUUAUCAAGUGGCAAAUUCCUAUCCCGGUUCAUCUAAUCCAUGGUCGAAGGACAUAUAGAGUCUUCAGGCAGAAGACAGUGGCAAUUCGAGGAGCUCCAAAACCCAGCCAUGAUGUUAUGCAUGUUUUGGAUUGCUUGGAGAAAAUUCAGAAAUGGCAUGCACAACCAAGUGUCCUUGUCAUGGGUUAUACCUCAUUUCUGACAUUAAUGAGAGAAGAUUCAAAGUUUGCUCACAGAAAAUAUAUGGCUAAAGUGUUGCGUGAAAGUCCAGGACUUCUAAUACUUGAUGAAGGGCAUAACCCCAGAAGUACUAAAUCAAGGUUAAGGAAGGUUUUGAUGAAAGUGGAAACUGAUCUCAGAAUCUUGCUUUCAGGUACUUUGUUUCAGAAUAAUUUUUGUGAAUAUUUCAACACUUUGUGUCUGGCUAGGCCAAAGUUCAUCAGAGAGGUUUUGAGGGCAUUAGACCCAAAGUUCAAGAGAAAAAAGAAAUUGGCGGAAAAAGCUCGCCAUUUGUUAGAAUCACGAGCAAGAAAAUUCUUUUUAGAUAAUAUUGCAAGGAAAAUUGAUUCAGAUAUAGCAGAAGAAAGAAUGCAAGGUCUAAAUGAGCUGAGAAAAAUCACAAGUGGUUUUAUUGAUGUCUAUGAAGGUGGACCUUCUGAUAACCUUCCAGGUUUACAGAUUUAUACCAUAUUGAUGAAUUCAACAGAUAUACAACAUGAGAUGUUGGUGAAACUCCACAAGAUUAUGGCUACAUACAAUGGGUAUCCUCUAGAACUAGAGCUUUUGAUCACGCUUGCCGCAAUACAUCCUUGGCUGGUUAAAACGUCUAAUUGUGUUAACAAGUUUUUUACUUGGGAGGAACUAGUGGAGCUUGAGAAGCUGAAAUAUGAUUUCAAGAAAGGUUCCAAAGUGAUGUUUGUCUUGAAUCUCGUGUAUCGGAUAGUCAGGAAGGAGAAAGUUCUGAUCUUCUGCCAUAACAUUGCCCCUAUUAAUUUAUUUGUUGAAUUGUUUGAGAAUGUCUUUAGGUGGCAGAAGGGUAGAGAAAUUAUGGUCCUUACCGGGGAUCUCGAGCUAUUCGAACGAGGAAGAGUGAUGGAUAAAUUCGAGGAACCUGGUGGCCCAUCAAGGGUACUUCUUGCAUCGAUUACAGCUUGUGCUGAAGGCAUUAGUUUGACAGCAGCUUCGCGGGUAAUUAUGCUGGACUCAGAGUGGAAUCCUUCCAAAACAAAGCAGGCUAUUGCAAGAGCCUUCCGACCUGGUCAACAAAAGGUGGUGUAUGUAUAUCAGCUACUAGCAACUGGUACACUUGAAGAAGAUAAGUAUAGAAGAACAACAUGGAAGGAGUGGGUAUCUAGCAUGAUAUUCAGUGAGGCAUUUGUGGAGGACCCUUCACGCUGGCAAGCAGAAAAGAUUGAAGAUGAUGUCUUACGAGAGAUGGUGGAGGAGGACCGAGUUAAGUCGUUCCAUAUGAUAAUGAAAAAUGAGAAAGCUUCAACUGGAUGAUCAAAGGCGAGCCUUGCUAUAAUAAUGUAAAAUGAGUUAAAAAGCUGCUUAGGCUUGCUGGAUACUGGAAGCCUUGAAUAAUUGCAGAAAUGUAGCUAAAAUAUCAUAAGAAUGUGCUGAAUGAAGCCAAACCUUUGGAGUAAGCUCUCUGUCCAGCUCUUCAGUUUUCUUAACAAUUUUCAUUCUCAGCAUCUAAAUAUCUUAAAUAUAGGUGAAUCAACUGCUUGUUUUUCCUUAUUUCUGAAUGCUCUUUAUUUAUAUAUUAUUCAUUGUCAUUUACUUUAAGAAAAACUUAUCAAAAAGUCUUAUUUAUUGGAAAGAACAAAGUAAAUGACAUUUUGGCUUGAGAUGCUGAAUAUUUUGAUUUCCAAUUCAUUCUCAGGUGUGUUAUAAAACUGUAUAUUUCCUGAUAGAAUAUAGGAUCUUUCUGGAAUAAUGUUCAGAAAGUUCUGGAAUGGAUUUGUGCUGCCAUGAGAAUGUAGGAUCUCUCUUUUCUUUUCUCUCCA